AUGCCCAGUUCUCAGGGAUUGCUGACAUUCAGGGAUGUGGCCAUAGAAUUUUCUCAGAAGAAAGAGUUAGGGUGCCUGAACCACAGUCAACGGGAAGUGUACAGGGAUGUGAUGUUAGAGAACUAUGGACACCUCCUCUUCUUGGGUCAUAUUGUGUCAAAACUAGACCUGGUCAUCAUUUUGGAACAAAAGAAGGAGUCUUGGAAUGUGAAGCAAGAAGAGAGAGUAGCCACUCAUCUGGGUAGGUGGUGAUGAAUGAAGCAGAUGACAGAGAUAGUCACAUUUUAUCUGAGCAGCUGCCAUGGUGCAUCCAGUGGGUCCUCUCAUUCCUUCUG